CGUCAUAGUUAUGCGCAUAUAAAUACUUUCGUUUAUUUCCAGCAAUUACUGAAGGGACGUUUGCGCUUCGUAAAAUACUGCGAGACGUUGGUUGACCAUGCAGCUGUUUGUGCGUGCUCAGAAUCUUCACAGGUUGGAGGUGUCCGGGCUAGAAACCAUUGCCCAAAUCAAGGCUCAUAUUGAAGCAUUGGAAGGACUGUCCUGUGAUGACCAGGUGGUUUCAAUGUGUGGGGUACCCCUGCUGGAUGAUGCAGUAAUCAGCCAGUCGGCACUGGAGUUCAGCACACUGGAAGUUACCCCUCGAAUGGUGGGAGGCAAAGUCCACGGCUCCUUGGCUAGAGCGGGAAAGGUCAGGGGACAGACCCCUAAGGUGGACAAGCAGGAGAAGAAGAAAAAGAAGACCGGCAGAGCUAAAAGAAGGAUCCAGUAUAACCGCCGCUUUGUCAAUGUGGUACCAACAUUUGGCAAGAAAAAGGGGCCCAACGCUAACUCCUAAAUCCAUUUAAUGUCAUUAUCAUUCACACUGUGUGAGCAAUGGAAUGGAACCAAGUUAUCUUAAUUUGGGUGAUGUUUGAGAUGCAAUAAAACUCAAUGAGGAUA